CUCUUCUCUCUCCUUUUAUCUCAGUAUUUUUAAAAUGUUUCUUAUAAGACAACAUUACAGAGAAUACAAUAGUUUCUUAUGAAUUUAAUUUAAAAAAAUUAUCGCUUUUAAUGAAUUUUUAGUAAAAUUAUAAUGAAAGCUUUGGGUUACAAUAGUCGAACUAGUUGGAUAGCCCUUCUUGCUUGUACUGUUAUCGGAUUUUUUAUCGUUUUGCCAAUGCGUCUGUCUGGAUUGUUUUAUGUCAUUAUCAUAGACAGAUAUAGAACAGAUAGAGAGCUUGCAACCCUUCCUAUUGUUAUCUUUGGAAUAUUGAGAACUCUUACAGGUCCCUUCACCGGUUAUUUAGGACAAGUAUUUGGAUUUCAAGCAGUCACCAUGAUUGGUUGUUUACUAUCAGCUUUAGGUAUUGGAUUUUGCUAUUUUGCAGAAGAUAUCAUAGCUGUAGCAAGUUCUCUCGGCCUCAUAUACGGUUUUGGUCUGUCGUUUGGAAAUACUCUAGUUCCGAAUAUCUUGAAGCUUCACUUCAGCAAAGACAUCAAUCUAAUCAAUGGACUUUACUUGACUGGGUCUUGUUUAGGAGCUGUAAUCAUGUCACCAAUCAUCCAGUAUCUUUCGAAAUCGUAUGGGGAUUCAGGGAUGUUUCUGAUUUUGUCUGGAAUAGUUUUGAAUUGUGUGCCAGCCGCAUUACUUUUAAAAAAUCCUAAUAAUAUAGAAGAGGAGGAGUUGGAAGUUGGAAAUCAAUUAGAUAAAAAAAUGGAAGAUAUUUUCCAUCAAAACCUUGCAUUUGUUGGCGACAGCAAAACAGAAGUGGACACUGAAAUAUAUGCUAAUUUGCAAAGAAAUAAUGAUUUAAUGUUCAAGAAUCAUGAAAGCUGUAUGAAUGAAUUAAAUAAUGGAGGAAAUAUUCAUAAAAAUAAGGAGUUUUCUGUUGCAGCUAAACCAAAUAUUGUAUCAGCUACUACCGUGAAAGAUAAAGGCAUUCUUCAUAGAAAAGAAAAUAAUUUUCAACACAAUUUUGCAGUGGACAUGGAAGUUGAUGAUAUUAACAAUAAGAUCAACAAACAUUGCCAACCUGUCAGUAAUGUGGAGAAUUGUGACGAAAACGAACAAGAAAAAGAUAAAUUAAGUUCAGAGUUCUCAAAAAAGAUUAGACAAAAUAACAUAAGCUUAACUUUUCUUGACGAUAUAAAAACUUUUGAAAAGAAAAUAAUUAGCAUGAAUAAUCAUAACUCAUUUGUUGAUCAUGGUAAAUAUGGAACUAGGAAAGUAGCAAUCAUAAAUGAUGUAGAGUGUAAUGAUAAUACUGAAGUUGAAUCAGGAAAAGAUCUGAACAAAUACGAAGAUUCACGAACUAAUGAAUUUCAGGAUACAAUAAUAAAAAAUGAAUCCAAGCCAAAUUCAUUGGAUUACGAUGCAUGCAAGACAUCGCAAUUUUCUUUACGUGAUAGUGAAAUCAAAGAUGAAACAGAAGAUUCGAAAGCUGAUGAGUCAGAAGACGUGUUACGAAAAAAUUUCAAAAGUUCUACGGAUCAUCACGAAACAAAUGUAGUUCAAUUCUCUCUAAGUUGCAAUGAAAUGGGUGAUUCCGAAUGUGCAAUCAAGAUAAAACACAAUCAAGUGUCAUUAAAUCUUAUCAGAUCAAGUAAUGUUCAACUCGAAGAUAAAACUGACGAAUCUCAUAUUGAUAUGCCAGAAUGCGCUGUUAAAAAUAAUUCUAAGAGUGAUUCAUUUAAUACUUCUCGACAUAGCGUGGUACAAUUCGCUUUAGGAGAGAGUGAAAUCAAGGUUGAAACCAGGGAUUCUCGAAUUGAAGAGCCACAAGAAGUAAAAAAUAAUAAGCCUAAACGUGAUUCAGUGGAACUGGUGAGAACCAGCACUGUUCAAUUCUCCUUACCUAAUACACAAAUUGGCGAAUGCCAAACCCACAAUUCCUCCGACACCGAUUGUAGUAAGAAUUCUAAAAGUGUGACAUCAAAAAGAAUCAGAUUUGAAGAAUCCACUAGAGUUAAAGGCAGAACAUCAUUAUCGAAAUAUUUUAGAUAUGCCAGAUCAUUCUCUGUGGUAGAAGCAACGGCAUUUGACUACUACAAGAAGAGUCAACCAACAAAUAAGUUGGCUCGGUUAUUUACCGAUGCCACCUUUUAUCUUAUAAUGAUUGUUCAAAGUUCUCACGCCUUUAUAACAACUUUGAACUGGACUAUAAUCAUUGAUUACGCCAGAGACAGAGGUAUUUCGUCCAAUAAAUCUCUUCUUUUUAUUAUGUUCCUUCCUGUUUCGGAAAUUUUGGGCAACUUGAGUUUGAAUUGGAUUACGGAUCGUGGUUUCAUGACAAGAAUAAAUUUCUCUAUGAUUUGCUAUCUUUUAACAGGAAUUGACGUUUUGUACAUUAGCUGGGCUGAUAACUUUAUGCAAAUCAUGAUAGGCAUCAUUCUAUUUGGAGUAUUGUCGGGAGCUCUUCUAACAACAUUUCCCGGAAUAAUUUUUGAGUUUGUGGAUAGAGACUUGCAAAACAUGGCGAUGGCUUCACGUUAUGUAUUCUACACAUUUCUCUGCUUGUCUAAGUCACCUGUUGUAGGAUACUUCAGAGGCACGUUGGGGUCAUAUACUUAUAUCUACUACAUUUUAGCAGGAUUAUGUACAGUUUGUGCAUUCUUUACAAAGCUUACUCCUGUUUUAGUUUCCUUUAGACAAAGAAAUAAAGAGAUUUAAUGAGUGUAGA